AUGCCCGCGCGGCCCAUACAAGACAACGACACCGAACGCAGCGGCCCACGCUACACCUUCAAGAGCGCUGCUCAGAGACGCGCUGUCAUGCAGCAGAUGCAGCGUGAGCAACUACAGCGCGACCAAGCUGCUACGGCUGAGCGCCAGGCUCGUAACUCCGAGACGCGUGAUGUUACUGCCGGCGCAGAGAAUGUUGGUGAUGACGAUGCCAUGGACUUGGAUCCACCACGCUCGUCCGGCAAUGUUACGGAGCAUGCAAGCACUGGACCACAGCCAGGCGAAGCUGGAGAAGGCUCGCAGACCAGGAAUUCUCAGCAACAGCAAGGUGGCAGCAGUUCCAGCCAGAGCCCUGUCCGUCGCUCCUACAACCUGCGCAAUGAGACGGACGUCAAGUACCUCACCCUCGUGCAGCUGAAGGAGGCGAUCAUGGAGGCCUGUGCAGAGCGCGAGCGACUUAUGAUCGCUAAUCGAGAACUGAUGCGAAAGAUUGAGGCCGCUGAAGCUAACGAGGCUACUCGUGCCACUGAAGUCACUAACACCACUAAGACUCUAGAGGUUAUUGAGGUCACCGACAACUCCGACACAUCUGAAGUGGCUGACACAUCUGAAGGUGCCGAAGUCUCUAUUGUUCAAGCCAUUGAAGCCACCGAUGCUACUACUACAACUGCUAUAACCUGCACCCCUGCUUCUGCGAUCACUGAGGACAAUGCUGACACUGCGCAACCCAGCGGUACCGCUACUCCUCCUAGCGGCACCACUGAUAUCCAGACUACCAACACACCCAUCCACGACAACCUAGCCGGUACAAACGCUGACGAUGUCCCCACCAGUGACUUCUUCCCGACGCUGCACUCCCCCAACUUCGGCGCCUUUGGCAGCGGCCUCGUCUCCAACACGGACCCCAUGAACAUGGACAACAACGCCUUCAACACAGCCACCGACAUGCAAAUGGAUGACUGGCCCGGCACAGCCAUCAGCGCUGCACAGGACGUUUCCCAACAGCCAGAAGACGACACCAACAACACCAUCGCAGGCGCCUCCACAACAGAAUAUCCGCUCUUACAGCAAGACAACACCAACAUUGUUGUUGUUGUCGCCGGCGCAGCCGCGCACGCCGUCGCCUCCUGUUGCGGAAGACCACGAGCUUCUCGAGCGGUUCU